UCCUGCGGUACCGACAACAUGUAUGUAACGGGAGUUGCCCUGAUUUGUACCAGUAUUCUCACGCUCCUGUUAACAGUUGGACUUGGAAUAUUCAUUAGUCGAAAUGGUAGACUGCCUUUUAUAAAAGGUCAGCAUCUUAAACAAAGGGAAUUUCAGAACGUGCAACUUUCAGAACGAGCUGUGACACCCAAUGAAGAGGAGGACGAACGAUCUCCAUACGAACAACUUGAUACGAAUGAAAUUACCAAGGCGUCUGUUUACUCUGAAAUAGGAGGUCAUCUUCCAGGUCGCCGGAAAGAUCCAGUCAAUGAAAACAGAGAAUACGAGUCAUUGGAGGGUCGGUCUAAUCCAAACGUCUAUGAAGAGCUCCAAGGUAAAGUAUCUGUUGAGAAAGAGAUAUAUAUCAACACCGCAAUUACUGAGGGGUCUUCUGGUCACAGGAAAUAAUCCAUCUGGUUUACAACAAGUCGUAAUAACGAACAACCUGAGAACGUUUCAAUUAAUACGUCAGCUUUUCAAAAGACUUCUAUCAGACAUUACCUAUCAAACGAAGACCGGAAACGUUAUGAAUAAUAAUCGAUAUAUAUUAAUCAUAGAUCAUUUCGAUUGUUUUAAUUAUGGAUAGAUACAGUUGUGUGAUUGCACAAUGCACCGAAAUAACCCUGGACACAUCGUGUGCACAAUUUGACAAAGAGCAAGUCAGCAGCCCUUAUUUCACCUCUGCACUUGUGACAGUCCAGGCAUAAGUGUUGAACAUGCAUACUUGGAUGAUUUUAUUGGGUAUUCAGUCGUUACAAUAUGACGGAAUUAUUUCGUUUUCCAAUACACUGGUUAUUUACGUGCUAUUUCCGAAAACAGAGAAAGACAUAUACACGUUUGAAUGACUAAAAUUAAUAGUGUGUCACUUGGUAGGUGCAUAUUGUUUUCCGCUCCAAAAUAUAAAUAUUUUAUACCAAGAAAUAUUUAGAGGUUUACCAUAGAGGGAGGUGUUUACUUACUAUAUCUUGCUAUUCAUAUCUACAAUAACAAGAAUUUCCAUAAUACACGACAUUGGUAGGAUUGUCGCCCAUUUAUGAGUUCAUCUGUCGUCAGAUGACAGCCAGUUAAUCAGGCGAAAACGCUAGUAAGUAUGUUAAUAGUUUAUUUAUAUAUUUCCAUUGUACAGAUCACACUUGCACUAUGCUAUAUAUGUCUCUCUCUAUAUAUACCCUUUACGACGAACCCUCUAUUAAUUUUACUGUAUAUACAUGUGUGCCCUGAAUGAUAUUAUCGUAUAUGAUGCUCCUGGUAUAUUUUUAGAAAUUGUAGGCUAGCAAUUUGACGGCAUUUUCAGAUUGUUUUUAUUGAAACGUGUGGAAGACGCGGUUAAAUGGAUACCGAUAAGACGAGAAUACGUUGCAUUAGUUUUUUUUUUUAAAUCCUGUUUGUAAAGAACUAUGUAAACUAAUAGUCUAGUAUGAGAUAAUGUGUGCAAUCACUUCAUUCUGUUUUAAGUAGAAAAUUACAUUUCUACCACGGGUCAAAUUAAAAAUGCGAGCACAUGAUUUCAUAUCAACGCAUAUACAUGGAUUCUCCUUGUAAUAUUCGUCAACCAAAAAAAAUGUUUUUAUACGGUUUUUGGCAUGUAAACAUGAACUUGUGUUAACACAAAUGUAUUGUUUUUAUUACAACGUAUGUUGUAUGAUAUACAACGUACGUAGUAACGCAACAUAAAUCAACAUUUUAAUUAUUUGUUCAAU